GCCCGCCUGCGCUUGAGAGCAGCUAGUUCUGCUUGUUGGUUACAUUGUAUCAAUCUCCCAGCAUUGAAAGAUACAAACAGCCAUCAAGAUAUAUUAGAGAUACGGCGAAACCGAGUCAGGGAUUUAAAUGGUGGAACCGGUUUGAAGAAUGGAAUUUAUUAUUCGGGAUAUCGAGGAGACGUGUUUUAAUUCCGAAGGCUCUUGAAAUUGAAUUUGAAAAUGCUCUUUAUAACCGGUAUUUUCAAAUUUGAACGGGAUCUCAACGUGUGAUGGCUGCAGUCCCGUGAACUGGCCUCUCUUUUCCCCCUUGCUGUUGGAUUUCUUGGGAGUACAUUGAUUGAUCUCUGCGAUCAUUAUCACUGUCGUUACUACUACUAUUAUUAUUGUUGUUGUUCCUUCAAAGAUCACAUUCUUUAAGUCGUUUGAUUCUUAAUAUCUGGAUCUAUGGAGUGCACUUAAAUAUUCCUGGGUCUGGGUCUGCAAGUGGGGGCAAAAUGUGGGUAGCUGGGACGGGGAUACCGAGACCCUGAGGCCGCUGCAAUUUUUUUCCCGCUGCCCCCAGUAGUCUUAGAAGGCGACAGACCUUACUGUGGCAAACCUGGGCCGCUGGCACUAAGAUGUCCCUAAGUAGUGGCCCUGCAGGCGGGAAAGGUGUGGACUCAAACGCGGUGGACACUUACGACAGCGCCGACGAAUGGGACAUCGGCGUCGGCAAUCUGAUAAUCGACCUGGACGCCGACUUAGAGAAAGACAAGCUCGAGAUGUCUGGCACCAAGGACGCGGGAAGCAUGGCGGCACCCCCCAGCGCCGUGGCGGCGUUACCGGAGAAUAUCAAAUUUGUCAGCCCCGUGCCCGCUCCCCAGGGCAAAGAGAGCAAGUCCAAGUCAAAACGCAACAAGAGCUCAAAAGACAGCAGCAAGUCCUCGGCUGGAGACGGGGCCAAGAAGGAGGUCCAGGGAAGAGCCCUGGGAGACGGCGCUGGCACGGGUACCGGCACAGCGGGCACCGGCGGCUCCAGCUCUGGGAAGGGCCAGGAGAAGAGCAGCAAAUCCUCACGUAGCAUGCCCAGCAGUAAGAAGGACAAGGAGGGCGGCUCAGCGAAGAGCAAGAAGGAGAAGAGUGAGGCGCUUGGGGUGGUUGGCGGCGAGAAGGACUCGGGGACCCAGGCCCUGGUUCUGGGGGCCGCCCGCACUGCCUCCUUCGAGGCACCUCAGAAUACGGACUUGGCAGCGGCCGAGCAAGUUGGGAAUAUCACCCUCGAGGCUGCGGGGAUCGUCCCGCCGUUGGCUAUUAAAAGCGAGCCGGAGGAUCUGGACAAUGGUGAAUGCAGAUCCAUGAAGAAGGUGAAAAACGAGAAGAUGGAAUCUCCGGUCUCCACGCCAGCUCCUCCCCCCCUGCACCUCCUGGCUCCCAUGGCAAACAGUGACAUCGCCUCCCCCUGCGAGCAGAUUAUGGUGCGCACCCGCUCUGUGGCUGUCAACACGGCGGACGUGUCCCUGGCAACGGAGCCCGAGUGCCUGGGUCCCUGCGAGCCCGGGACCAGCGUCAACCUGGAGGGCAUCGUGUGGCAGGAGACUGAGGACGGAAUGCUGGUGGUGAACGUUACCUGGAGAAACAAAACCUACGUUGGUACCUUGCUGGACUGUACCAGACAUGACUGGGCACCACCGCGGUUCUGCGAGUCUCCCACCAGUGACUUAGAGAUGAGAAAUGGGCGUGGUCGGGGGAAGAGAAUGAGGCCUAACAGCAACACCCCCGUCAAUGAGAACAGCAACUCCUCCGACAACAAGGGCAGCAGCAGCAGCAAGACUCGUGCCGGCUCCAACAGCAAGGGCCGGCGUGGUAGCCAGAACUCCUCGGAGCGACGUACCCCACCCAACAGCAACACGGAAGACGUCAAGGCGAGUCCCUCCUCAGCCAGCAAGCGCAAGAACAAACCCGCAUCUGACAUGGAGCCCAACUCCAGCUCUGAGGACACCAAGGGUAGCAAACGAAUGCGAACCAACUCCAGCAGUGGCUCGGGUCCCUCUGUCAUGCCUAUCCCUGCUAUCAAGACAGAAGCAUUGCCGCCACCUCUGGACCGCAGCUGCUCAUCUCCGGUCCUCAUCGACUGCCCCCACCCCAACUGCAACAAGAAGUACAAGCACAUCAAUGGACUGAAGUACCACCAGGCACGUGCUCACAAUGACGACGACAUCAGGUUAGACCUGGACGGUGACAGUGAAUACGGAGAAGACUCCACGCUGCACCCAGAGCCGGGCAACUGUAAUGGGGCCGCCAUCUCCCAAAAGGGUUGCCUUUCUCCAGCACGAUCUGUGACCCCCAAAGGGAGAGGCUUUGAUACUCAAAGCCCUUCUCCAUCCUCUGGGAAGUUUAGCGCCAAGCCAUCUAGCAAGAAAAAAGUGUGCGACGCUGAUCCAGAUGCUACAGGGAUGCCCAUGGAUGGAUGUGAAGAUGGGCCUUGUCUUACUGACGAGGCCAGCAAUGAUGGUAUGGAUGAGAAGAAAGACAAAGACAAGUCUAAGAAGCCCAGCAGCAGUGCCAAGUCUGACAAAUUGUCACAGAAAGGCUUGAAAUCUGCCCGACCUAUUGCUCCUGCUAUACCUCCUCAGCCGCUUUACGCUUUUCAGACAGCGGCCUUUCCUGUCGGAAGCCCAGGCUCCUCUCCUAGCAUGACCACUGUGGUGCAGGCAGUUCCCAAGAGCCCCCAGCUGAAAGCCAUCCAACCUAAGCCAACAGUGAUGGGAGACCCCUUGACUGUGAACCCUGCACUCAGCAGCUCCAAGGACAAGAAGAAAAAAGACAAGAAGAGGAAAGAGGUGAGUAAGGAAGGAGAUAGUCCCAAGCCUCAGGGGAAAAGUGGGAAACCUGAAGAGGGCAAGAGCCCAUACUCAGAGACAUCUGACCCUGGGGCUAAAAAUGAUGGACUCCUCAAUGGCUCUGCAGAUCCCCAUCAGAGCCGUCUGGCUAGCAUCAAAGCUGAAGCGGACAAGAUCUACAGCUUUUCUGACAAUGCUCCUAGUCCAUCCAUUGGUGUUGCCAGCAGGAUAGACAGCGGAGGAAUGGUACAGCCCCUCACACCUCUCCAUGUUGUUACUCAGAAUGGAGCAGACAACUCCUCAGUAAAAACCAACAGCCCAGCAUAUUCUGAUAUCUCUGAUGCUGGAGAGGAUGGUGAAGGCAAGGUUGAUGGUGUGAAGGCCAAGGCUGAAGACCAGGCCAUCAGAGAAGGGGCCAAGAAAGCUCUCUUUCCUUCCCAAGCUUCCAGCAAAGAGUCUCCCUACUACACCAGCUAUGAGACCUACUGCUCCCCAAGCUAUGCUAACCCUAGCCCAGGGGGCUCCAACCAGGGUACGGCUGAGGGGCAGUCUGUGAAGGGGAAGAAGGAGGAGGAGCAAGAGCAGGGAGAGGAUAAGGGAAAGGGGGAGCCUUCGGAAGAGCGCAAGCCGGAGAUCAGUGCCUCAAGUCAACAGCAGCAGCAGCAGCAGCAACAGCAGCAGCAACAGCAGCAACAACAACAGCCCUCAGUCAUCCAGCAACGCUCCAACAUGUACAUGCAACCCCUGUACUAUAACCAGUAUGCCUAUGUUCCCCCUUAUUACCACCCAGACCAAGCAUACCACAACCAUUUGAUGAACACCAACCCAGCAUACAGGCAGCAAUUUGAGGAACGGCAAAGGCAGGCAGCAGAUCAGCACCGUGUGAUUGAGAAGAAGUCUGACUCCACCUUAAAGGAGAGGGAGUCCUCCAUGAAAGAUGAGUGGAAGCAGAAGGCCUCCAUCCCUCCUACCCUUUCCAAGGCUCCAAGUGUAUCUGACCUGGGCAAGCCGCUGCCCUCCAGUAAGCAGAAAGACACUUCCUCAGAACCUACCAAGUCGGUUAUCAUCCCCAAAGGGGAUGAUGCUAAGCUCCAGGGUCCGCAGGCCGAGGGGCUGAAGGUGAAGCUGGCAGAAGGGGGACACCACGGCAAGGAAGAGUCUAAAGCAAGUCUGGAGUCGAGUCGCCAGUCAGGCAUGGAAGCCAUGUGGUACAGGCAGGAACAGGACUCCAGACUGUGGCCUUAUCUGUACCCCAACAAAUACCCGGAGGCCUCCAAGCAGGAGGAGGAGCAGCGCUGGAAGGAGGAGCGUGAGAGGAAGGGAAAGGAGGAGAGGUCACGACCCAAGGAGAGUGCUUCCAAAGAAGACAAAGAAAGUGCUGACCCCCGGAGCGCUAUGACCUCGUCAGAGGACCACAGGGGGGUGGGCAAAGAUCCCCGUGCAGCUGCCCACAUGCAAUUCUCCUCUCCACUGGCCCAACACCAGUCAUACAUGCCCUACAUGCACGGCUACCCCUACAGCCAGGGCUUUGACCCCAACCACCCCGGCUACCGCGGGAUGCCCUCUGUCAUGAUGCAGAACUACCCAGGCUCCUACUUGUCAGCAGGCUACUCAUUCUCUCCGUACGGUGGUAAGAUGGCCAGCGAGGAGGGGGAGAAGGCCCGUGCGAGCCCGACUGUCAGCAACAAGUCUGCCUCCGAGUCCAAGGCCCUGGAGAUCCUGCACCAGCAUGCCAGCCAGUAUAAGAGCAAGUCUCCAACCGUUAGCGACAAGCCGCCCCAUGAACGGGAGCGGCCUGGGGCUGAUCGGGAGCGAGACAUGGACCGGCCCCGCUCCUCUCCCUCCCAGCGCAUCAUGCCGUCCCACCACCAUCUGGGCUACCCCCUGCUCUCGGGGCAGUACGACCUGUCCUAUGCUGCCGGUCUGUCAUCAUCAGCAAUUGUUGCCAGUCCGCAAGCCUCAGCUCCUUCCCUGUACCCCCCAGCGAGGAGGUGAGACUGGGAAACCUGAUUUGGUUCACCCCAACUCUGGCAAGGAGUCACGUGACUGGAUCACAUGAGGAAGCGGCCAGAGUUCUUUUAGACAUCAGUUGAAUGGUGUGUCUGUAAUUGUUAGUUUUCUACCUGAAUGCCGGGGCGGGCCGUCCUUCUCCUCGGUCCCCUGAGGGCUGGUCCCCCUGCCCCAGGAGUGCGUCCAGAAAGCCGACACAAAAGCCAUUCUCAGCUGACACACGGCAUGCCAACCCCGACACGCCACUGGACCUCUCCCGCUGCACUGCUGAUGAGCACUGCACACACAGCAAGUUAACAGCCUGGCUGGAAGGACGGGAGCGUAGCAAUAUCUCAGCAUUAGCAGUGCGUGUGGAAGGAGGUGUGUGGUAGGGACACACCGGAAAAAUGUACACCCUAUACAGCCUCACCUGCAACUUGACAGAGGAACGUGGAUGUUGGUCCAAGCCAGAGGACAUUGUGAUUAUUGUUGAAAAGGCCUGUUUUUGGCUUCAGGAUUGUCGAUCCCUUCAGACGCUAAUGGAGAGAAGGAUUCUGUGUGACUCCUGGUCUCUCAUUGAUUUUCUUUCUGGUUGACCAUCAUGGUGCUCUAUGCAAACGGAAGCUGCUCAUCUUCAACAUACUGACGAAAUGUUCCAAGAUCUCUUUCCUAGAUUUUUGUUCUCGGGUAGCAUUGGAUUCGUAUUUUUCUCUUUUAAAAAGAUAUCAGCUUGUUUUAUUUUUGAGCGAAAUACAGUAUCCCUAUUUUUUAUUUUAAUUUGAGAUGUUUUACAUGCAGUUGUUCUGCAUGAGUCUUUACUCUUAAGCCAAUAUGUCUCCUUCAUUUGUUGUUGUUCGUGAGUCGGGUGUGUCAGGCACUGAGCUGACUUUGCCUCUCUGCCAGCAGUGCCACAGUCUCUUCCAGACGGGUGAAAUGGUUUACAGACAGUGUCAGUGCACUCAGAGGCCGGUCGAGGCCACAAAAGGCCCUGUCUACUGGAAGAGGUACUUUUUUUUGUGUCAGCGAAGGUUGUGUGCUGUUGACCUCAGAGUGACAUUACAGAUUAUUUAAUAGUGAAAUUCGGAAGGCCGGCUGUAAGUUACAGGGAGGACAGGUAAGCAAAUGAGCUGAGCACUGUAAGCAAUCGGCAGGAUCCCUUCCAGAGAGGACCACUGCUGUGUGCUGGUUAGCUCAUAACUGGGGAGUCCCCAGAUUGUAGCGCAUCACUGACUCGGAGACUUUUGCAGACUGAACAUGGCCUGAUCCUCGCUCCAUGUAGCCCUCCCCCUCCCGGUCACAGGUUUGAUGAGACGUCCGACGAGGACGAGGACUGGCAUGGAGACUUUGCUGCUGAUCUGCUCAAUACGGAAGUCCGAUUACCCUCAAUCACGUACCAUGAACGUUUUUGUUUUGUUGUUUUUUUGUUUUUUUUUUGGGGUGGGGGGGUGUGGGACCUUUUUCUGUUUUUGACUCCUGAACCUGAGGCUUCCCUCAGACUUGUGGAACUGCAGCCCAGGUCCUGUACGUCUGGAAGAGUCUCCUUUCGGCACGGCUGGCCUGGCCUGCUAGCCUCUGGCCCCCCGGCCCCCGGCCCCCGACCACGCUGCUGGGAGGAUGAUGACCAAACUGGCUCCAGCCCCUUUUUGGCUCGGGGGGAAACUGUGUGAAAAGAGCCCCUUUUCCCCAGAGACACAACGGCAUCAGGUAUUCAGCAGCUGCUACAGCGGGCUCAGACUCUGCCAGCGGCGGCAUGGGGGGGCCCAGGACUGCUUUUGUUUGGGUAAUGUCUCUCAUCCUAUUUAUGGGAGGACACUUGGUCGCGCUGAGGGUGGCGAUUGGGUGCUGGGGAAUUUCCUUCUCGGCUGUCCAUUAGUUUUGUGUCACAAGUGGCGUUUUCUGUCAUGUACUUUGGCAUGGUGUAACUAUAGCACUACGAGCAGUAACCUGCGUUUGAAGGAAAGUGAACCGCUGGCGUGUGCUUCAGCCGGCUGCCUCCUCGCCUUUCAUGCUUCUCUCUCUCCCAAACAUACUCACUGUGCUUUUUCUGUAUAUAUUGUACAGAUUAAUUAUUUUAAGACCAUUGGAUGCUAUUGAAAUUUCCUACUUUGUUAGUUUUUUUUCUUUUCCUUUUUUUUUUUUUUUUAAAAAAAAAAACAUUGUUGAUAUAAUAUCAGAACUGUAGCUGAUAACGGCUUUAUAUUUGAAGUGUUGUGAUUUUUCUAUGUUUUGUUCUCAUUUUGUUCUCAUUUCCUUCUAACCCUGCACGCCCGUGCUGGUCAUGUCCGCUCAGUGUCCACAUCUUCCUUCUUCCUCAUGAAGAGAUCAGUGAUUCCUCUGUCUAUGGCGAGAGUCGCGCAGGAUGAGCCCUGGAUGAAUGUUUUAAGGCUUCUGCACCACCCCACCCCCCACCCCCACCCCAUCUUUCUGAGGGCCAGGCCCUCCGUGCCCCACUGUUGUGGGCCGGAUAGGCAGUUGCAGCCUGGCUACAAGGCACCCAUGAAGUUAGUCAAGGCCUCCAUAUCAGGCCCCACAGCAGUCUCCUUGUUCCUUCGCAUGCUGUAGAAAAAUGUUAAUCUGAUCAGUGCCAGCUGGUUUAUUUUAAAAAUAUUUUAUCAAAACUGUGCCACGUGAUGUAUGAGGUGACAGAUUGCAUUGGUGUAAUGAGCAUGUAUCAAUAUGUUACGCUGAGCGAAACAUGGGAUGUCUCUGGUGAGAGGGACCUUUCUCACAUGGCUGCUGUUAGCAGAAAUAGGCACGUGUGCUAAGACAUGGACAUGUCUGCACUCUGCUCUGAGAUCUUUUUCAUUCUUGUGUUAGCAGCUUGCGUCUUCGAAUGCCAACUGCGAGCCGUCUGGAGGCCUGUGCACUUUGAGAGAUGGGAGAGUUUUGGUCUUAUUUUCUGUGCUGAAGCAGAGGAAGCUGGGCAGUAUUAUUCUGUCACCAUGUGUGUAAUUGUCAUGCUGAAGCACAGGACAGCAUCUCCGCUGUGGCUCAGUUUGACGUCUGGCAGCAUCAUGCUCCUUUAAAAAAAAAAACUGCCUAUUUAAAAAUUGCAAACCACAAGAGGUAAAGUAUGUUCUUUGAAUGCCACUCGCAUUCCCAGCAAGCUGUGUGGGUUUAUUCUCAUACGAUGAGAACAUUUUAACUUUUUUUUUUUUUUUUUUUUAUCAAAUGGAAGCGGUCGGAAACCAGUGUAAGUAGUAAUAAUUUAGUCGUUGGCCUUCCGUCUCUGAAAGCUACACUAGGAAAUCUGUGCUACCUGUUGAGUUGGUGUGUGCAGAUGAAACAGCGCUUGAUCCUUUAUAAUUUAUUUUUUAUCACUGUUACCCAUUGUAGGAAGAAACUUUAAUCCCCCCCCCCUCACACACACACAACACAGCCGUUGCUAAAGUCUUUGCUCAAAUGGUGCUCAAUAGACAUCUGUGAUCCCACAAGUGAGAAGGGAAAAACGUAUCCUGUCGUGAGUUCCUAUCUCCAUGGACAUGUCUGCCUCUGCACCCCACAGCAACCCCCCCCCCACCAUCCC